GGCAGCACGCCGCUCGGAUCCCGGAGGCACAGAGCACCGCGGCGCCGCUCUCUCGGUCACUUUUGGGACGUUCCGGUCUUUGCUUUGAGGCGUGGACUCGCGAGGACCGGAGCCCGGUGUCGGUCGGACCGCAGAAUCACUGAUGUUGCAUCUCCGUAUGAGCGCAUAGAGAGCGCAGGACGUGUCUCCCUCUGAAGGUUGGGUGCAGAGACCCUGACUUGUAUGGGGGGAACCCAGAUGAAGAUGGAGUCGUCUACCCUCUGCAGGACUGUCCUCAUCAUCUUCCUGUUUCCGUCUAUCCAGUGCACAGAGAGUCAGACUGCAGUGUUCCUGCCAGAGUUCGCGCUCUCACCUCAGGGCAGCUUCAUGGAGGACGCCACAGAGGAUCAGUUUCUCACCUACAGAUACGACGACCAGGCGUCCAGGAUGACCCGCUCAGAUGAAGACAGGGACAUCGGGUGGGAUGCCUGGGGCAGCUGGAGCGACUGCUCUCGAACCUGCGGGGGAGGAGCCUCGUACUCUCUGCGACGCUGCCUCAAUGGAGGAAGCUGUGAAGGAAAAAAUAUCCGCUACAGAACCUGCAGUAACACGGACUGCCCUGCAGAGUCAGGUGAUUUCCGGGCCCAGCAGUGCUCAGCUCACAAUGACAUCAAGUACCAGGGGGUCACAUAUGAGUGGGUCCCAGCACCUUAUGACCCCACCGCCCCCUGCUCUCUGCAGUGCCAGGCUAAAGGCCGAGGUCUCACUGUUGAACUGGCCCCUAAGGUGCUGGACGGGACACGGUGCCGAGCGGACGCCUUUGACAUGUGCAUCAGCGGAGUGUGUCAGGAGGUAGGCUGUGAUCGGCAGCUGGCCAGCGGUGCCAGGGAGGAUAACUGUGGCGUCUGCGGCGGCGACGGCUCCACAUGCCGCCUGGUGCGAGGACAGGCCCUGCCCCACCUGACCCCUGAACAACCUCUGAAGUCGGUGCUGGAGGUCCCGAUGGGAAGUCGCUUUCUCAGACUCAACGCCAAAGGCCCCGAUAUGAUCGUUAUUGAAGCCGUCUCUCUUCAGGGGAGGAAGGAGGAGACCAGUCUGCUGUCUACAGGCUCCUAUGUGAUAGGAAACACCUCUCUGGACUUUCAGAGGGGGAACGACCGGCAGACACUCAGGACACACGGCUCACUCAGUGCUGAUUACAUUAUCAAGAUGAAGUAUGGAGGCUCCAAGGACACCGUUGUCCAGUUUCUGUUCUACAAACCGAUUCGAUACCAGUGGAGAGAGACUGACUUCUUCCCCUGCUCGGUCACAUGUGGAGGAGGUUAUCAGCUGAACUCUGCAGAGUGCACAGACAUCCGCUCCAACCAGACGCUGCCCGAGCACCACUGUAACAGCUACCCUGAAAACACCAAACCCACGCCGAAGCUCAAAGAGUGCAACAUGGACCCCUGCCCAGAGAGUGAUGGAUUCAAAGCAGUGAUGCCUCACGACCGCUUCCAGCCUCUGCCUCGCUGGGAGCAGGGCCCCUGGACCCAGUGCUCAGUAUCCUGUGGUGAAAAUGGGGGCUGGCAGGAUCGCAGUGUGCUGUGUGUGGAGGAGGAUGCCCACGGACAACUGUCCCAGGUGGAUGAGUGGAAGUGCACCCCCUCCCCGCGACCUGUGCCCCGACAGACCUGCAACACCUUCGCCUGCCCCCAGUGGGUGGCCAUGGAGUGGUCUCAGUGCACGGUGACGUGUGGCCGUGGGCUGCGUUACCGAGUGGUUCUGUGCAUCGACCAUCGUGGGCAGCACAUCGGAGGCUGUGAACCAUCCCUGAAACCUCACGUGAAGGAGGACUGCCUCGUCCCCGUCACCUGCCACAAGCCCAGAGAGUCCCUGCCAGUGGAGGCAAAGGUUCCCUGGUCAAAGCAAGCCCACGAACUGGAGCAACACUACACAGCCACAGAGAACCCCACAUUCAUACCCGGGCCCUGGUCCCCCUGCAGCACCACCUGCGGACCUGGCAGGCAAACCCGGGAGGUGAAAUGUCAGGUGCUGCUCGCUUUCACCAAGACGGAGGUGGACCUUCCAGAGGAGGAGUGUGGUGAGGAAAGGCCCCACCUGGAGAGGCCCUGCAACCACGGGCCAUGCACCAGUGCUACGGGAGUCCGAGACCACGGCGCUCCUUCCAUCCAGGCUGAGGACCUGUAUAGCUGGGACUUCAGAGGCUUUACUGCCUGCUCAGCCACGUGUGCUGCUGGGAAACAGGCAGCAGUGGUGAGGUGUGUAAACAGGAAGCAAGGUGAGCAGGUGGAAGACAUUCUGUGCGAUCCAUCCAGCAGGCCAUCAGUAAUGAUCCGCAUCUGUAACCCUGAGCCGUGCCCCCCGAGAUGGGAGGUGACGGCCUGGACCAGCUGCUCUGCGUCCUGUGGCGUCGGCAUACAAACCAGGAGCGUGUUUUGCAUGCGUCUUUUGUCCAUCGACCAGCAGGACAUUCUGACUGUUUCAGAGGAUGAGUGCAGGGAUUUCAAGCCUGCCAUCCUGCAGCCCUGCAACCAGGUGGACUGUCCUCCAGCCUGGGAGACCGAGCCCUGGCAGCAGUGCUCCCAGACCUGUGGCAAUGGUGUCCAGGUGCGGAAGGUCUACUGUAAGCAGCUGCUAUCCACAGGGGCGUACAGGCGGCUGGGGGACGACGCCUGCCAGGAAACCAAACCUGCCACAAACAGAGGCUGCAGCAGUACCGACUGUCUGCCCUACACGGCGGGAGGAGAAUGGGGAAAGUGCUCUGUGUCCUGUGGUUUGGGGAUCCAGCGCAGGGAGCUGCUGUGCCUCCAGCUGACGGCCACGGGUCAUCAGGUGAUGCUGGAGCGGGAGCAGUGCUCAGGUUUACCCUCCCCACCGCUUGUACGAACCUGCCGCAUGAUGGCCUGUCCCAAGCACAAGAAGCAGAUGAGACACAAAGACUCCCAAAAGGCUCCUGUGAAGAUCCAGGUCAAGCAGACAGUGAGGCACCCUGCAAAGACUAGAGGAUAUGAGGAGGGGGUUAAACAGUGUCCAGGGCUCCUUAGUAUGCACCGCAUCUACAUCCAGCCCCGCAAAGAGAAACGUCUCCACCUGACCGUUGGUGGCCACGCGUACCUGCUACCCAAUACUUCUGUGGUCAUCAAAUGCCCUGUCAGAAGGUUCCCCAAAACCUACAUCCGCUGGCUCAAAGAUGGACGCGCCUUACCCAGCUCUCAACGCCUGGGUGUCACCAAAUCUGGCUCUCUCAAAAUCCAGUUUCUGGAGCCAGAGGACACCGGGAUGUAUAAAUGUGUGGCAGGACCCGCCUCAGACAUUUUCACCCUCCAGCUGAUAGGCAGCGACAGCAGGUCAGCGGGUAGAUCGUCUGCUGCCAGUCCCAGUCCCAGCUGGGAGGAGAUGAUGCCCAGCUGCUACAGCCACGACUCAUUCCUGGAGUGGAUACAACCUGGGGCCUUUGUGUCUUUGGUGCCCCCUGGUGACCAGGAGACCUCUCUGCAGCCACGGGUGGAGGAGAGACUGAUCAAUAUCACGCUGCAGGCCGAUAGAGGAGAGAUCCAGCAGGAGCAGGCCUCAGAGCUCAUCUCCUCACUGCUGACCCACAUGUCUCCAGCCCAGCUCUGGACCAGAACAACAAGGAGAGGAGGACAAGCCAAAGACAGACUGCCCAACUGGUCCGAGCGCUCUCCACGGGAGAUGGUAGCAAAGAGACCUGUGAUCAUCAGACAGCAGCAGAGCGUCCCGCUGAUCUUUCAGAAGAACAUCAACAUCAGUAUUGGACACAGUGCCCUUCUCACCAACGCCACAUGGUCGCUGACCAUCCAGUGCCCUGCAGAGGGAUUCCCUCCUCCCAAAAUCAGCUGGAGCAAAGAUGGAGCUCUGCUGCAGCGCUCUGACAGAGUAUCCUGGGAUAGAGCAGGCCUUCACAUCCUUCGGCUCAGAGCGUCGGACAGAGGCCAGUACAGGUGCACAGCUGCCAACACGCACGGCUCAGACUCAGAGGCUUCCCAGCUGCUGCUGGCAGAGCCUCCAGCCAUCGCAGUGUCUUGGAGAAAUGUCUCAGACCACGGGCUGGUGUUGGGCCAGAGUUUGAGGACCACUAUUGGAGGACAAGUCAGCGUUCGUACAGGCGCCAACCUCACUCUGGACUGUCCCGUCAUUGGUGUUCCUCGGCCCGCGGUGUCAUGGCACAGGAAGGACGGACCGUUGGACGCCGACGCCGUUUCUCUGCCGUCUGGCUCUCUGUGGAUCAGAAAUGUUUCUCUGCACAGCCGGGGCACCUACUCCUGCACUGCCACCAACACCAUCGGAAAGUCCACCGCCUCCACAGUCCUGAAGGUCCACGAUCCUUAUUCAGCCGGGGGGAGCAGGGUUCUUCCAGCGUCACAAGAGCUGAACAGGAGAAGAGUCCUCAUGGCAUCACGGCGUGGUACAAGUGUCUUCAUCAAACCUGGAGACAUUCUGCGUAUAGGUUGUCCAGUAGUUCCCGACCACAAACUGCCUGUGCGCUGGGACUACAACAACCGGACCCUGAAGGAGGUUUCAGGUCCAGCUUACAGCCAGGAUCCUGCACCUGGUCAGGGUCUGCAGUACAGGAUGCUGGUGGGAGGUCGAGUCCUUGAAGUCAGCUCGCUCCAGGUGAAGUUCUCGGGUCGCUACAGAUGCCAGACCUCCAUCAACAGCACCAGGCAGCCUCUGUCAGCCUGGAUAUACGUUCACGCUGAAGAGUUUGGCUGGCGUUUUGGCGACUGGACCACUUGCAGUGCUUCCUGUGGGAACAGAGGGACGUGGCUGCGGCGGACCCGCUGUGUCUCUCUGGACGGAAAGGACGUUCACCCCAACAUGUGUCAGCACAUACCAAAACCCAUCACCUCCCCGGUCCCCUGCAACAGACAGGACUGCCCUCCCAGAUGGUCCGUGUCAGAGUGGUCCAAGUGCUCGGCCUCGUGCGGGGCUGGCUGGAAGCAGAGGCAGGUCACCUGUCAGCAGCUGGAUGCCAGAGGUGCAGUGAGGACGCUGACAGCGGCCGCCUGUGAGAGGACGAGCCGGCCGGCGGACACGGAGCCGUGCUCUGCCAAUAACUGUCCCAUCUGGGUGACUAGUCCGUGGGGGAAGUGUUCGGGGAGGUGUUUAGGCCCCACAACCACCGUACAGAAGAGAUCGGUCAUCUGCCAACAUGCUAACGGCUCCUCCUACACUGACUGCGAUCCCCGGAGCAGGCCCGUGUCUGUGCGCAACUGUUCGUCUGACCUGUGCGAUGUGCAGUGGCGCCCCGGGGCGUGGCGGGCGUGCACCGUGGUGUGUGGGAGUGGCUUCCAGUCCCGCAGGGUGGACUGUGUUCACAGCAGGACUGGCAGGACUCUGGCUGACCAGCACUGUGCUUGGCUCCAGCGACCCUCCACCUGGCAGCACUGCAACACCGCCACAUGUGGGAGUGAAUGUGAGGACACCACCCAGUACUGCAGUGUGGUGAGGAGGCUGAGGCUGUGCCAUGUGGACAUGUACAAACAGAGAUGCUGCAGCUCGUGCUCGCGUGAUGUUGACGCCACCUAGUGGCAGUGGGAGGUUUAACCCACACAGACGGACUGCGGGAGGUGGGAGACUGAGCAGAGACUAAACAGAUCCUGUGAGCGCAGGACAAACCGGACGAGCUUCAGUGGGAAUCUUUCACCUCCUGAAAGGAAAUGUAAUGAAGGGGCUUUACUUUCUGAUCUGAACCUAAACUCUAAUAUGAAGACAAGUGUUCACUAUGUGGAUCAAAUAAAGUUUGGGGUUUUCCUACAAAGAUAGCUAGUUUCCAGUAAGAUUUAAAAAAAAAAAGUGUGUUUUCUUUUAAACGAGACAUAGACUGAUGGAUUGGUCUGCCAACAUUAUGUAAUGCCUCCCGCUGCUGAUAAGAGGUUCGCCACGUCAGCAGGCUUUUCUGUCUCUGAUCUCUUUAUUUAUUUGUGCAAUUCUUCAAAAAUGUUUUUAUAAAAUGGUUAAAAACAAAAAAAAGGGGAAAUUCUAGUUUAUUACAAUUUGGGUCUAAUUUUGCACAGUUGUGGCCAUGAUUUCAGCUCCGUCACAUCAUUUGUGGGUUUCUGGGAGCGCAGAAACUUUUCUACUUCUGAGCGCUGGUGAAACAGGAGCGAGACGAUGCGACGGACGGCGUCAGAGUGGGAAAUGAGGCUGAAAGCUGUCAGAAGCAGGACUCACCUUGUAAUAAACUGAAGCUCUCCUUUAAUCUGCGCCCCGCCGUCACAUCGGUGUGUUAUGUCACCGUGCUUUAGAGAGCUGCUAAUUCCUUCACUCUGGGCUCCAGAGAGCAAAGUUUCAAAGGCUUCUCCAUCCUGAUGAGUUUGGUAGACACACUGAAUUCUUGUUUUUCUUUGGCAUGAAAAUGAUCCAGUUUAAAGACACAAAAUAUAAAACUCAGUCUAAAAUACUUUUUACCUGUAAAAUCUGCCGUACCGCUGGAAUGAGCCGAUGCUUCCAUGUUCAGUGCCGGUUUUUACAUUUACUAUUUCCUCUGCAUCUGAAGGCAUCUCUGGUUCUCUAAAUGUACGGUUCAAUGACACUAGAAUCCUUUUUAAGGUUUGGGAAGGAUUAUGGUUUUUAUUGGUUUUAUUUUAUUAUUACAACAUUUUUGAAUCAAGUCACAUGCAGUUCAGAUUUCUCUCAAGUGAACUGAGAUAAAAAAAAAUAUGAAGACCAACGCGCAAAAAAACUGAAUGUAUUGAAAGUAACUUGUUUGUAAUAAACCAAUAAAAUCCUAAUAAAAUAAAACAAAAAAUAAAGAAGUAAUGGGGGGGAAAAAACAUAAAAUCCAGACUGCAGAAAAUAAACAGGUUUAACAAAAUCAGGUUAGACUUAGGGAUCAGACCACAGACUGUAUAUAGAAGAUGGAUGUAACCACACUGACACCGCCCACUGAUUCAUUAGUGACGUCCUGCUGUGAAGCCUUGAGUCUUUCCACAAAUCUGAUGUUCUGAAAAUGAAUGUGAACAGCACGUAGCGGCUUGUCAGGCACAGUGAAAUUUUUUGUCUUUGAGUCUAUCGGGAUCAUCAUUUCCAAAAUGAAGUGCACGUUUUAUUCAGUGAGACUUAAAAGUAGUGACUGAGACCAUAAACUCAUCUGGAAAGUGUUUACUGAGCUCAGAGAGCCAGGGGCCCACUUUCUCAAAGACCAGAAGAGUCUCCCCCUGCUGGCCAAUAGAAAGAAUUAAGUCUUGACUUUUCAGAUGCAGAAGCUACUUCCAUCUUUUAUAUACAGUUACACCUGUUAGUUACAAUCAUAAAAGCACUGCAGCUUUUCUUCUACACUAAGUCAGUAAAUGAGGAUGCUCCCUGCACUGAACAUUAGAGCUGCAGGAUCAUCCAGCUUGAACAGGUUUUUUGGUGAUACUGAACUUCUGAAUCACAUGUGACAGAAUUGAACCCUUAAAGACCCUUAAAGAUGUGUGUGAAGGUGUUGGUGUGUGAUCACUGAUGAGAAACGAGCUGCUGGUGGAGCUUCGGUUUGUGAAAGCAUGAAUUUUUUUUUUAUCCACAUCAACCCGCCUCUUAUUUUCAGUACGCAAGCUCUGUAAAAUAAUUUCAGCUCACACUGAGACACCAGCGUGACACUGAAUCCGACUAACGGGGUCUGUUCAUGUUACCUUUGUACAGGUUAUCAUACCGAUGUGCUGCAUUGUACAGUGUCCUGUAUAUACUGUGUUCUAAGUGCAAUAUCGUAUACUGAGUGUAUGUAGACUGUGUGAGACCUUUAUUUUCUUACUUCUUCCUGUUGUAUUUUUAACUCCUGUUUCGAAUAUAAAGCACUUGUAUUGUAUAUGUUAAUCAGGUGGUGCGUUCGCUGCCACUCACCUGGUUUGAUUUGCAUGUGAUGUUUUCUUGCUCCGUUGUGACAGACCACUCAGUAACGUGCAUUGUUCAGUGUUUCUCUCUGGCUGCUGAUGACUGCACAGCACAGCCUAUCAGGUGUGAAGGCAUCACACUGCUUGUGGACUUCCAGCUUGGCUGAAAGAACAUGUGCAACAAAUCAUAAACAUGCUUCAGAUGGCAAUGCAAAUGAAUA